UCUGAAUAGACUGUUUAUUUUCUGUAACCAAGAAUAAAGUAAAAUAAUAAACCUUUUAUCCACCCAUUAACUUCACUGUACGGCUCUCCUAACAUCCCACACGUGUAUACCUAUUUAUAAAUGCCCAACAUUCUACAUUAAUUAUGUACUAAACGUUCAAUUUUCAACAAUGUUGAUUCCAAUAAUUUUGCUUUCUUUUACCCAAUUAAUACAUAGCAAAGACCUGAUAUCCUUGUACGCAGAUGUGUUUAAGGACCGGGAGUUCUUUACCAGGACUUUUCCAUGGAUUAUUGACAAUAUUGGUGGAGAGAUACAGAUAGACUACUAUCUGCUGGGCAGUGGCAAAUACUCCGUUCCUCAAAUGUGCACUUUAGAACAGUUGAGAGAUAAUCCGUUUUUGCAGGCGCAGUACUUGAAAUGUGAAGCUGAAGAUAAACCCAGUGCCUACUGCCUCUGCGAAAGUGGACUGGACCCUGAAGAAUACAAGGAAUGCGUGAGACACCGAGCGAAUUUUGCCUCUGAAUCAGCUCAUAGAUUCUCCAUCCUAAACCUUGACGUCACUCCCAUCAUAGAACUGUCUCCAAGAAGCACUGUGUUCCAAGUGUCAGACACAUGGUAUUUGAAGAAGAUUUGCACCAUUUUUGGCGAUUAUCCACCGUUGGGGUGUGUGAAACCAUUCGCUUGUAAUGGAACGGAGGAAUUCAGGACGAGAAAUGGGCUAGCGCAGUUUGAUAGAGAAUGUGUAUUACCAGAAAUUCACGCAGUCACUACCACCACGACACAGCCAUCCUAUACUCGUAGAUAGAUGAUAAGUAGCUCUGCUCUCUG